AUCCGAUUGAAUUUUUGUGCGCCCGGAUACACAACGCGUUCAACGAUCGUCUCGCGUAAUAUCACUCGCAAAUGAACGCGGCGCAAUCAGAUUUCGCGAUGGAAAUUCCAUUACCGUGCCUCGACAUUACUAUCUGCGACAGCUCGUAAGCAAUUUCUAUCGCGUUUUAAUUUAUUCCUCCAAAGAAAUCGCGAUGUUCUUACGGAGUUUUAGUUGGCAAACUCGAUAUUAAAUCUCGCUCGGAAAAUCGAGCGAUCGACGCCGUUUUAAAUAGACCCAAAGUACCGAUCGAACUUCGUAUCAGAGUUACCCGUCUCAUUUGGAAAAUCCAUCUUUCGAGGAUAGUUCAUCCGCCAUUUAAAGCGUCCCAGAAUUAGGGACACGUCGGUGCACGUUGGAGAAAGAGGAUUCACCUUUCUCAAGGGAUUUCCUUCAUAAAAUCGCAUUUGAAAUAGCCGGAACCGUUCGCAGUGGCUGCAAACAUUCUCGAGUCGACGUCAAACGGCAUUAAUCGUCGAAAAAUUAAUGCAAAGCUGGAUUUACUUUCGCUAAGCUGACCGGAGCGGUCUCAUUUAUGAAUGACCUUUUCGGGUACGCCUCUGGAAGCGGCCGCGAGCGCUCGUUUGUGGAUUGGACGCCGUUUAUCAGAAUUCUGGACCGACGGUCGACGUCCGAGGACGCGGCGACGUCGGUUUCGGGGAGUGUUCCGUUUCCUUCUUCGACGCGAUCGGACGUUCUCUUCGAAGCAGUGUUCCGUUGGUCGGUCCCGUUGACAAACGGCGCCAUUAAUUCCGGAGGCUUUUGAGCGCUCGACGAGCAGCCACCCAGGCUCUCCCUUGGACGUCUAACGGAUGACCAGCGUCGUACAGGCAACAAUAAUGAUCGGUGACCGCGUCCUGGCCAAUUCAUAAAACCAGCUUCGAGGCGUUCAAUCGGAAAGCAUUCUUCGCGAGAGCAUCGAAUUUCAUUCUUCGCUCGAGUCCUAACGCUCCGCGAGGAACGUUCUGGAAAAUAUUUGUACCAAUCUUCCCUUUCUCGAAGAUUUUAAUCAAAUCGUACACCGGUUCGGAGGGAAUAUAUAUUUCAGGAGUGAUUCGGUUGAAUAUAAAAUUUCAGAAAGGGCGACAGAGUUUCUUGAUUAACUUUUAAAGAAUCUAAAAUCGUUUAAUCGUACUCUCAAUUAUUCUUCUUAUGUUACAGUAAUUUCAAUUGAACGAAGUUAGGCUUUCAUCAAGGAUCGCCGUCACCGAUUAUAAUUUCGAAGAGGUCCAGGAGCAGCGUCGAUAAAAUUCACGAAAUUUCGUCGAUUCUUGCGACGAAUAUCCAAUUCGUAAAUUCCUCUAAGGAUCUAAUUUGCUCCCGCGCCUCUGAAAAUCGUCCUCAGUCGACCGACAGUUCCCGUAGGAUCGCAAAACACGAUGAAACGAACGUUCCAUGGUAGAGCGCGAACACCUCGGCGCAUCGUGACAAGACACCUCUAAACGUAUCCGCUCGCUGGGGAUGGUAGCUGGGAAUGGUAGCUGGGCCGCGGACAAUGGACGGUAGCUUUAGAAUUAGCAACGAGACUACUCGGAGAAUCGUAUUUCGUGGCCGUGGUGUGCUUAGGUUGUGGAUGUACCAAACACUUUUGACUCCGAUCACGUGCGGCCUAGACGCAAGGUCUAGAAACGGAAAAGGCAGGCGACGACGGGAAAUGCGACGCGUUAGGCAAAUCACGUCGAAUCCCUCGGAUAGUUGUCGCGGUUCGACGAUUUUCUAGAGCCAGGGACGUUUCGGGGCAAAAAGAGAUACAAAUAAAAAACACAUGAAAAAAUAAAAAAAACGAAUAGCAGAAAAAAGAAAAGAACAGUAGCGCAAGAAACGAAUGGAUGGUACAGUCGACGAAUCGCAUGGUGGUAUCUUUCGUUUCGAGUACUGUACGCGUCCAGUCCUCUCUUCUUAGUCGGUAAUAUUGUCUAGUCUUGUAUUGUUUCGAUAUACAUAUGUCUACCCUAGGAGAUUUCCGUUCUCGUUUCUGUUUCCGUUUCCCGUUUCCGUUUGUUAAGUCGACUCCGUUGCGGAGCUGAUUGCGGACCCGGCACGAUUUUGUAACACGCGACUCUGGUGUGUGUCGACAGCUCGGGGAUCGACAAUAAUCCGACGGUGUAUUACAAGCUAAUGCCCGGCUCCACGGCACAGACCAACAAGCUUCACACGUUUUACAUACAGCAACGGGGCGAUCGAGAUGAGACCUGGGCGGACAUCAAGGUCAACAAUCAGCUGGAUUACGAAACCAUGAAGGAGUACAAUCUGACCAUACGUGUCGAGAACAAUGGCGCCCAACAACUCGCAUCUGAAGCGACCGUCCACAUUAUCCUGGAGGACGUAAACGACGAAAUACCUUUGUUCACCGAACGUGAGCAAGAAACUGUACUCGAGGGCGAACCAGUCGGCAGUAAGGUUACUCAAGUCAACGCUAUCGAUAAGGACGGCACUUUCCCGAACAAUAAGGUGUCCUAUUACAUCGUGGACAGUGUCAGGAACGAGGGAAAGGACUACUUCGAGAUCGACAAGGACACAGGCGAGAUCUCCACAAAAGUGAUUUUCGAUCGCGAGAACCAAGGAGCGUACGCACUGGAAGUGGAGGCCAGGGACGGAGCACCAUCUGCGCGGCCCAACAGCAAGGGACAACCGAAUUCAGUAACGAAAUUCAUCCGUAUUGGAAUAGCUGACAAGAACGACAAUCCGCCUUACUUCGACAAAAACCUCUACGAGGCUGAGGUAGACGAAAAUGAGGACAUUCAGCACACGGUCCUCACUGUCACCGCCAAAGAUCAUGACGAGUCCUCGCGUAUUCGAUACGAGAUUACGGGCGGUAACCUAGGCGGCGCGUUCGCCGUGAAGAAUAUGACUGGCGCCAUUUACGUAGCAGGUGCAUUGGAUUACGAGACCAGGAAAAGGUACGAGCUCCGUCUCACCGCCUCGGACAACUUGAAAGAAAAUUACACGACGGUCGUAAUACACGUGAAGGACGUGAACGACAAUCCGCCAGUCUUCGAGCGACCAAAUUAUAGAACGCAGAUCACCGAGGAAGAUGACAGGACUCUCCCGAAACGCGUCCUUGGGGUCCAAGCAACCGAUGGCGACAAGGACAGACCACAAAAUAUCGUCUAUUUCCUAACGGGCCAGGGAAUCGAUCCCGACAACCCAGCGAACAGUAAAUUCGACAUUAAUCGCACCACCGGAGAAAUCUUCGUUCUAAAGCCGCUGGACAGGGAUCAGCCGAACGGGAGACCGCAGUGGCGAUUUACCGUGUUCGCCCAGGAUGAACGCGGAGAAGGUCUGGUGGGCUACGCCGACGUUCAGGUGAACCUAAAGGACAUCAACGACAACGCUCCUACCUUCCCGCAGGGUGUCUACUUCGGCAACGUCACGGAAAAUGGCACAGCGGGAAUGGUCGUGAUGACCAUGACCGCGGUGGACUACGACGAUCCAAGCGAAGGGACGAACGCUAAACUGGUGUACUCCAUUGAAAAGAAUGUCAUUGAAGAGGAGACGGGCUCGCCGAUUUUCGAGAUCGAACCGGAAACUGGAGUGAUCAAGACGGCGGUAUGCUGCUUGGACAGGGAACGCACGCCGGAUUAUUCUAUACAGGUCGUCGCGAUGGAUGGAGGGGGGUUAAAGGGGACGGGGACGGCGUCCAUACGAGUGAAAGAUAUAAACGACAUGCCCCCGCAGUUCACGAAAGAGGAAUGGACCACCGAGGUGGACGAAACGGAAGGUCCGGAUUUGCCGGAAAUUCCGAUUCUUACGGUCACUGUGCACGAUCAGGACGAGACCAACAAGUUCCAAUACAAGGUGCUUGAAAACAGCGGUUAUGGCGCGGACAGGUUUACCAUGGUGAGGAACAACGAUGGCACAGGAUCUCUGAAGAUCGUGCAGCCAUUGAAUUACGAGGACCAAAUGCAGAGUAACGGCUUUAGGUUUAGGAUACAGGUGAACGAUAAGGGCGAGGACAACGACAACGACAAGUAUCACGUCGCCUACUCGUGGGUGGUGGUGAAGCUGCGCGAUAUAAAUGAUAAUCAGCCACAGUUCGAGAGGGCAAACAUCGAGACGACGGUGCCGGAGAACGCCAACAUUGGAAACACCUUAGAGACGUUUACGGCCACUGAUCCCGAUCAGGGCGGCAAGAGCAAAGUGUAUUACUCGAUCGACAGGAGUUCCGAUCGUAAAAGGCAAUUCUCGAUCAACGAGAACGGCACCGUGUCGAUCCAGAGGAGCCUCGAUCGCGAGGAAACCCCGCGACAUCAGGUGAAAAUCUUGGCGAUCGACGAUGGCAUCCCACCGAAGACAGCGACAGCCACACUGACGGUGAUCGUCCACGACAUAAACGACAAUCCACCGCGAUUCCUAAAGGAAUAUCGACCAGUUUUGCAGGAGCAUUCGCAGACCAAGAAGGUGGUAGAGAUCUUGGCGACGGACGACGACGACAGAUCGAAGAGCAACGGUCCUCCGUUCACUUUCAGGAUGGACGCGAAGGCGGACGACGUGAUUCGAGCUAGUUUCAAAGUCGAGAGCGAUAACAAGGGUGCAAACGGGGAUGGUAUGGCCAUCGUGUCGUCGCUACGAUCGUUCGACAGAGAGCAACAAAAGGAGUACUUGAUACCCAUCGUUAUCAAGGAUUCUGGGACUCCUUCCAUGUCUGGGACCAGCACCUUGACCGUCGUUAUCGGGGACACCAACGAUAACAAAAUGCAACCAGGCUCGAAGGACAUUUUUAUAUACAAUUACGCGGGACAAUCGCCAGACACCGAGGUAGGCAGAGUCUACGUCUACGACUUGGACGACUGGGAUUUGCCAGACAAGAAGUUCUACUGGGAGAGCCUGGAGCACGCUCAAUUCAAGCUGGACGAGAGCACUGGCAUGAUCUACAUGAAAUCGGGCACCCAAGACGGCAGGUAUCACCUGCGAUUCAAGGUCUACGAUCGAAAACACACGCAGACGGACGUUCCCGCCAACGUGACCGUCACCGUCAAGACCAUCCCUCACGAGGCCGUAUUGAACUCUGGCUCGGUCAGGAUAUCUGGCAUAACCGACGAGGACUUCAUUCGAGUUUGGGAUUACAAGUCGCAAACGCUGUCGCGAAGCAAAGCCGAAUUGUUCCGCGAGAAACUGGCCCAGUUAUUGAACAUCAAUAGAGAGAACGUGGACGUGUUCAGCGUUCAGUUGCGUAGAAUGCAUCCACCCCUAACCGACGUCAGAUUCGCCGCCCAUGGGUCCCCGUAUUACAAGCCUGUCAGGUUGAACGGAAUCGUCCUGAUGCACCGUGAAGAGAUCGAGAAAGGGGUGGGGAUCAAUAUAACGAUGGUGGGCAUCGACGAGUGCUACUACGAGAACGAAAUGUGCGAGGGUAGCUGCACGAACACCUUGGACAUCAGCAGCCUGCCGUACAUGGUCAACGCAAACAAAACCGCCCUUGUCGGCGUAAGGGUGGAUGUAAUCGCCGAGUGUACAUGCGGUGCGCGAAACUUCAGCAAAGGGGAGUCCUGCAGAAACAGCCCCUGUUACAACGGCGGUCGUUGCGUGGAGGGAAGAUUCGGAUUAUCAUGCCAAUGCCCCACUGGAUACAACGGUCCGAGAUGCCAGCAGACCGCGAGAAGUUUUCGUGGCAAUGGCUGGGCCUGGUAUCCCGCUUUGGAGAUGUGCGACAAUAGCCAUUUAAGCUUCGAGUUCAUCACGAAGAAACCCGACGGUUUACUUCUGUACAACGGGCCUAUCGUUCCACCUGAAGCUGACGAGAUCAUGGUUUCUGAUUUCAUAUCGGUCGAGCUGGAACGUGGAAUACCUCGUUUAUUAAUAGACUUCGGGUCUGGUACCCUGGAGUUGAAAGUCAAACCAACGAGAACUUUGGACGACGGAGAAUGGCACAGGCUCGAUAUCUUUUGGAACACAGAGACCGUCAAGCUCAUCAUCGACUACUGCAAGUCCGCGAACGUCUCCGAGCCCGACGACAACACGCCCCCAGAGUUCAACGAUACCAGCUGUCAGGCGCAAGGGAUGAUUCCACCCUUCAACGAGUACUUGAACGUGAACGCUCCCCUGCAAAUCGGCGGCCUCUACGUCGAGCAGUUCGACCCCACCCACUACAAAUGGAAGCACAUGCCCGUCGGCAAGGGUUUCGACGGCUGCAUCAAGAACCUCUUCCACAACAGCAAGCUGUACGACCUCGCCCAUCCCGGCCUCUCGAGGAACAGCGGGGCUGGCUGCCCUCAGACCGAGGAUAUAUGCAACAACCAGGAGUCCACGUUCCGAUGCUGGGAACACGGCACUUGCGUGGGAAGCUUCACCGAGUCCCGAUGCCAGUGCAAUCCAGGAUACACUGGUCCUGGUUGCAUGACGCCCACCAUUCCCACGACCUUCAAGCCGCAGAGCUACGUUAAAUACGCGUUGUCGUUCGAGCCUGACAAGUACUCCACCCAGAUCCAACUCAGAUUCCGUACCAGGGAAGUCCACGGUGAACUCUUCAGAGUCAGCGACCAGCACAACAGGGAGUACGCCAUCCUGGAGAUCAAGGACAGCAGACUGCACUUCCGCUACAAUUUGAACAGUCUGAGGACCGAGGAACGAGAUAUCUGGUUGACCGCUAUAGCGGUUGACGAUGGCCAGUGGCACACAGUCCGAGUUUCCAGAUACGGAUCAGCUGCGACUCUGGAGUUGGACGGUGGGGAAGGAAGGAGGUUCAACGAGAGCUUUUCGUUCGAAGGACACCAAUGGCUGCUGGUGGACAAACAGGAAGGUGUCUACGCGGGUGGCAAGGCCGAGUACACUGGUGUAAGGACGUUCGAAGUGUACGCCGAUUAUCAAAAAGGAUGCCUGGACGACAUCAGACUGGAAGGGAAACAUCUGCCAUUACCGCCUGCCACGAAUGGAACGCAAUGGGGUCAAGCAACGAUGGCUAGAAAUCUGGAGAAGAACUGUCCAUCGAACAAGCCCUGUGCCAACAUAAUUUGCCCCGAUCCCUUGGAAUGCAUCGACCUCUGGAACGAAUACGACUGCACAUGCGGAGAAGGGAGAAUUCCAUCCCCCGAUAGCAAGGGAUGUAUGGACAAGAACGAAUGCAUCGAUUACCCUUGCUUGAACGGAGGCAGAUGCAUCAAUCAGGAUCCUCGUUUCCGGUACAGAUGCAUUUGCCCUGACAGCUUCUGGGGAGAGAAUUGCGAGCUCAUGCAGGAAGGUCAAACGUUGAAAUUCGGCAUGGGAGCCUUGGCGGCCAUUCUGGUCUGUCUUUUAAUCAUUCUCGUUCUCGUCUUGGUGUUCGUCGUCUACAACAGAAGAAGAGAGUCUCACAUCAAGUACCCUGGACCCGAUGACGACGUGAGAGAAAACAUCAUUAAUUACGACGACGAAGGUGGCGGUGAAGACGACAUGACUGCGUUCGACAUCACCCCGCUUCAAAUCCCCAUCGGUGGCCCGAUACCGGAAAUGGGUGGAAAACUGCCACCGUGUAAAGUAGCCUAUCCACUAGGACCCGAGCCAAACGUGGGAAUCUUCAUAGAAGAUCAUAAAAAGAGGGCUGACAGCGAUCCCAACGCACCGCCGUUCGACGACCUACGAAAUUACGCUUACGAGGGCGGCGGAAGUAUCGCGGGCUCACUGUCAUCGUUAGCUUCCGGUACGGACGACGAGCAGCACGAGUACGAGUACUUGGGUGCCUGGGGGCCCAGAUUCGACAAGCUGGCCGACAUGUACGGGCCUGCAGAAGAAAGCGAGGAAGAGGACUAAAUCCCCGUAAGCUCGCAUGAACCAUCCACCUCCAUUGGGAGACAUAGUGUUCGUGUGAUCUUAAAACAGAAUGGACUGUCCUCUACGAAACGUGAGUUCGAACAAACUUUCCAAGGAUAGCCGCGAAGAGCAAGGGAUUAAAUCCAGGCGAGAGGAGCGAAGAGAAACUUCUUCGCAUCGAAGUUGUGUUUUUGUAACCCGGGCAACAAAGACGUUAGCGUUCCAUUCGAUAAGAUCAUCGAGCCGGACGUCCACGUCGCCGUCUGAAACGUCGCGACGAUGGACGAGGCGCAUAGGUGCUCGACGAGUUUCGAAAUUCUCGUAAACGGUGAUCUCAGCAAAAGAGCUUUCUAAGGCCCGUCGCGUCACGAACGUUGUUGCAAUAAAGAAAUCCACUCGAGUCACGGUCAACCGAAGGGUGCACACCUAAUCUGUAUAGCACGUUACGCGUAUACGUAGUGAAUUCGCGUGUGUGUACCUACACGUGAGACUUUUCUAUUAAUAAAACAAAUCUAUAUAUAUAUAUAUAUAUUAUAUAUACGAUUCAUUAUUUUUAGUCACAAUCAUAGUUACUAUUUAUCGAUACCAUCGACGUCGAUGUAUGUCCCAGUAUGUACGCUCGGUUAUACAUAUAUAUAUAUAUUAUAUCGUCGUCGCGACAGCAUCGGAAGAUAAUGAUUCAGUCAACGUUUUACUACUGCCAGUAUCAUUGCCGUGCGCGCGAUCGUCGUUUACGUUUCGUCGGCGUGACUCGCGGCCACGUCGUCUUUUAAAGGGCAUUUCUCAUUUUUACUCAUUUAUUUAUUUACGAAUGGAAUAAAUACAUUUCUCGUUUUACCCGUUUCUCCCCCCCCCUCCCCCCCCCCUCUUAACCACGUCCGUCAACGAGGUCGCCGAGGGCAAGAGAAUACUAGCGAUUUUCUAGGCAGCAGUCGACGAACCGUCGAGUCGAGUUACGAGGAUGCUGGAUUUCGUCCCGAUUCUUUUUCAUUCCGGAUCGAUACGAAAUAUCGGCGUUCUCGCUUAUCGUUUGACUUUUUAAGAGAACGGAUUAAAUUUGUGGUUAAAGAGUGAAAUGUGCUUCGGAAAAAAAAUUGGCUUCGAAAUUCCAGGAACAACGGAGCUCUCGAAUUUAAUAAACUGUUCUUCCACUUUUUUAUUUCCAGCCUCUGCGCGUCAAGAUGUUAAAUAAAUAUAUUCGACCCUUCUCGUCGGCUCGGAGAAUAAUCGCGCAGCCGGAAGUCGCUAGUACGCAGUAUUUUUUCGGUUUCUUCCACCGACCCUGGGUCCCACUGUUCGCGGACUUGUAUCGUUGUUGAGUGUAAAGAAUCGCGAGAGAGAACGACACAUUCGCGACGCCUUCCUCGUUCGCGAAAUGCGGACGACGAUCCUACCGUAAUGUGGUCUGUCGUACUAGAAUUAUCGGAGAGCCGCGUUAGAUAAAUUUGUUCGCGAAUCGAGAACCAUUCUCAUCGUUGUCAUCGUCACCGUCACCGCCAUCCUCAUUGAUUAUUGCUAGUAUUAUUAUUGACAUUACGAUAUAUAUAUAUAUAUAUUAUAAAUAUGAAUUUAUAAAUAAAUAAAUAUAAAUAUAUAUAUAUAUAGAAACAGAGGGAGAGAGAGAGAGAAGCGCAUUGUGGAAAACAAAGGGUACAGCAACGUGGAGCGCACGUGAAAGUCCGCGAAAAGGAGACAAAGGAGAGUUACCGCGCGUAUAUGUAAUUAUUAUAAUUAGUAUUAUAUAGCGGUAUAAAUAUAAAUAUGAAUAUAAAUAUAUAUAUAAAUAUAUAUAUAUAUACAUAUACAUAUUAUGUAAAAGGAAUAACAGACGCAGACACGUAAAGAGAUGAUUAAAAAGCAAAAAAAAAAAAAAUAACAGAAUAUAUAAAGCGAAAAACACAUGAAUAGUAGCGCGAGAUAACGAGGGCCGGCUGUCGAGAAAAGCUCACGGUUUAUAGUCUCGACAUAGUAUUAAUAUUUAUUUUCUGUCAAUAACGAACCGGCCGGAUGUUUGAAUUACGACGGAGAAGAAAACGAAGAUAAAUGAAUUAGCGAGCGAGCGAAGAGGGAAACGGCGAAGGCCCAUUCUUCGCCGCCGUUCGAGCGGCGAUUUCGAUGCCACCGGCGAGUUCGAUGCUCGGUCAGGCGCGACGCUUUCGAGACAGAGCUGGGCAUUCGUACGAUCCAUCGACUGCGCGUUUCGAUUAAACGUUCGAUCGUCGAAAUUCGUCGCGAUUCGAUAUCUUGCAUUUCCUUUUUUGGAUAGCGUCACGAGUCUCACGCGUUGUAGAUCAAGGGGUUACAGUUACGAUUAGUGUUUACGAUUAGUAAAACCAAGUCGAUGACCGAUCGCUAAAUUCAUCGUUAACACGUCGACUGACAGAUUUAACUCUCCCAUGGAAACCUCUGCAGUGCUAACAUGUAGUCUCGAUGCGAUUAGAAACUGUAGAUAAUCUAAUAUUUCUCGCACUACUUAUAUUAGGCCGUCCUAAAAGUUCAUGCCACCUAUAUUUCUAUUCAAAUUAAUACAUGAAACAUAAUCUCAAGUAAGUCCCUCUCAUUUCAUAAUAUUUUCUCAAUUUUCUGACAUAAUUAUGACACCGUCGCUAUAAAAUUUCUGUAGUUUCUUUUUAUUAAAUAUCGAACAGUCUUCAGCGUGAACUUAUGGGAUGACCUAAUAUCUUUGUAUUCCUAUCAAAAUGUACGAGCUCCAUCCAGAUUUAUUUUCGUUAACACCUAGCACUCGAGAUUAAUUAUUCAAUUCCUCGAAAAAUUAGAUGAAAAUCCAGUUUGAAACGCAGUCGAUCCCCUCGAUCGAACUUUGCCCAUGCCUGUUACGAACGAGCUCCGAUGCGCCGGGCGCAUUCCCACGCGCGUGUCUCGACUGAUUUGUAAAAUUCUCUACGGAAAUAUUAAUAGUCAAUUUAUCGGUUAGGCGAGGCCCCGUCGGAUCGAGUGAUCCGGGCGUAGUUUAAGCACUUGUACGAAUAUUGUAAGUAACGUGUAUCUCGGUGUGCCGGUGCCGCUCGUACUGCGCCGCGAUCGGUACCGAGCAUCGCUGUAUAUUUGUCCUAACGAUUGUCGUCUUGCGUAUUGUUCCCCCGGUGAAUUUGUGAUAUUACGUUUCCCGCGGCCAUUUGUUCCACGUUUACUUUUGCGCGAAUACAACGAACCGUAAGCACCAAGAAACGCGUCGAAUCUGUACUGCUUUGGAAUUUUUUUAAUUUUAUAGAUCGUUGUUUCUACAGCAAUUAUGUUAUUGGUUGUUCAGCCGGAGAGCUAAUUGAGAAACAACCAAAUUGGAACCAUCGAAGCUUGUACUCUGUUUUUGUUUGAACUGCCAAGCCAAGGCCAAGCCAACCCUAGGUACCGAUCUAUAAACGAUUCCCAAAGCCAUAAUCGUGUCUCUAACGUAAUCUAAUUAUUCCUACAGUCCUUGCAGCUUCGAUUUAUAAUUAAAGCUCCUACUCUGUUUUUUUAUUUGAACUUCCAAGCCAAUGUACCGAUCUCUAAACAAUACCUAAAGGCACAAUCGUGCCUCUAUCAUGCUCUAAUUGUUCCAAUACCUAAUUCUAAUUAUUGCAACUAUGAUUCUCCUUGCCACCUUUCUCCUCGACUUCAGGCUCGACGUUUCCUGGUGUUCGUAAGUUCGUUUUCGUUUCGUUGUUUCAUUCUCACCGUCCUUCGUACCACACCCCUUCGUUUCUCCGGCCAUUCCUAUCGUCGAUUUCACCCCGCCAAGUAGAUUCUAAGCAGAGAAUAGUAUUCGACGGACUGGCGCUGCGGGAGGACGAACGGUUUUGUCGUUGAGUAACUGAUGAUAAUGAGUUGAGUAGCGAGCGCGAGCGCGCACGUGUGUGUAUGUCUGUGUGUGUGUGUGUGUACAGUGGCAAGAAAAAAAAGAAGAAGAAGAAGAAGAAGAAACGAUUGUCCCGCGCGAUUCUUUACGGAAAUCGAAACGAUUUCUUGGAGAUUGGCUUUGCGCGAGGAAAAUUCGAAUGGUACGAAUUGAUUUGGAACGAAAGUUGCGCGAAGUCGCCAAACGCGAUCCUUGAUAUUAUAACGUAACGUAAACGGAAUAAGUAUAAUUCUAAACGAGGUGAACAUGAUUUCGAGAGUUGUAAUAAUUUAUCGGAUCAUUCGGCAAUUUCUUUCAACCUUUCUCUUUCAUCGAGAUACUUAAUAUAAUAAAUCUAGGAAGUAUAAACAUAAUCGAUAAGCGUAUUUAUAACUGUUCGAGGUACGUUUGUAAUAACGAAGAAAGUCUCUGUUUAUUUAAACUGUGUAUGUAUAUUUUUCUUUUUCUUUUUUUCUUUUUUUUUUUCACGCAGUUGAAUCCACCAGUAUGCAAAGUCGACCUCCGAGAUUUCCUCUCUGAUAAGCGCGAUCAGCGUAAUUCGUCACAUCAGAACGAUCCAUUCGCUCGACCUAGGCACCUCGAGAAACUUCCGCGGCACUCGGUUACAUGCAACUUUGUACCUCACGUAUCACGAAUAUACACGAAACAAUACACGAAGCACGAUUACGUUACUUUUCUUCGAACAAACGAGAAACGUACCGUCUCGUCUAGAGUAGAGUAAUAUCAGCGACGAAUUUAUCCAUUUCCGUAAUUCCCUUGAAAAAUAAUGCCACCGACGGAACGUGCACUUACUUUCGAAACCAAAGAGAAAUAGCAACGAGGAAUAAAUGAAGGAUCGAGCGCGAAAAUAAGAAGAAAGAAACUCUCUCAUUCCAUAAGAUCAUUCUAUCGCGGUUGCCGCGAGAGCAACCUUUACUUUUAAGAAUUAGAGGCUCAAGAAAUCUUCCUUCUCGCUUCUUUUUACUCUGCGUAGCGAUAAUUUGGUAUAGUAAGCUGACGGACGCCUAAAACUUUUCGUUAUGUGGCUCGUUAAAGAUAAUCGACGCUGGAAACGUUCUCCGUUUCGACAGCGAACACCGACGAGUAUCUAUCGCGCGCUGCGAGCGCUUGGAACGAACGAAAUAGCGGAGCAAAUGGAGCCAAGAAAGCGGAAAGCUGUAAAUUACGUAGGAUAAUUAAUUGUGAAUAUUUAAUGGCUUUUUCUCGUCGCGCGACGUCCCCGUGCCAUCUGUAUUUUCGAUUCGCGGAUAGCGCAUUUCGUUGAGCAAUUUGCGCGAAUGGUAAACAAUAAUUAAUUUGAACGCGUGAUCAUUUUUGUACAAAAAAAAAAAAGAAGGAAAUUCUCGACGUGGCGACACCCACGUGGCGACACGUUAAGAAUCGAGUUCUGUUAACGAGACACCAUCUGUACCAUACACGGCAUUCGAAAUCACACGGAAAGCAAUCGAUUUACAGCCGGUGAAUCAACGAUCACCCAACGAGCGAUCGGUGGUAAUUUAAGGUACUCGGUGAAACACACACACACGGCUCAAUUUUUUUACCAAGAACAGGGUUCAGCAUCCGAGACUGAGGUAUCGAGAACAGAGAUAGGCAAAAUAUUUAUCAAGAGAAAAUAUUAAUGUAGAUAUCGAAGGACGAUAACCCUUUGGCCUACAACCACGGAGCGAGACUCGUGGGUAAGGAAUUUGGUCCAUAAAUAAUAAACACGAGUCAGGCUCGUGGCACUUCGUUCGUACUUCCUAUCUUCCUGUUUAUUACGGCCCGAGCAAUCGGGAGACAUAGCGUGUAGGUCGAGGGGUUAAUGGAUUAAAAGGAAUUUUGACCACAGAAUGAAAUAUUUUAUAACGAAGAAUCGGGAGGAUGCACGUUGAUUUUUGGUUGUUGCCUGUUACUCGAAUGAAAUUUUGUCCAUCUCGACUGAGAGGAACAACGAAAGGAAAAGCAAUGCGUACUUAUCCUCGAAGAGAUCUCAGUGCCACGACAGGGAGACGGAAGUGUCCGUUUUUUUUCGGACGUGGCGCGUAGUCUAAGGACGAACGAUGAACGUGGAGUAGGGCUGGGACUUUCUCGAAACUUUUGUCGAUGCUCAACCUACGCAAAAAAGACUGUUAACGAUUUCUUUGUACACAUUCUUACUUAUUUUAUCCUUCUAAUUACUAGUUCGCUAAUCGACUGAUCUCGAGACGUGACAUUUCAGUAUUCUAUUUGCAUUAUUAUACCUGUGCGAAUAGUGCUUAAAUAAUAACGAGUCGAAAAUUGCUAUUACAUUCGUGGUCCCAGUCCUAACGUGAGCUGAUCCUAACAUAUCUGUAAAACUUUUUCUAACCAUUGCCCGAUCGUGCAUACGGAAACGCGAUGGCGCCCAAAAUGAUUUAACCCCUUCGUGCCCAGUUUAUAUUGUUCUCAUUAUUUCUUACGGUUACAAUUUUUCGGUACAAUGAUGAACACUGAAUACCUACAUGUUUUUAUAUAUGUACAUUUACUAAAUACUUUUUAUACGUUCAUUCGGGAAACUCAGUUGGAACGUUUACACGUUCAGAAUACGAUCAGCCCUUUCAAACCUGGCGUCCACAAUUGAGGACAUGUAAGAAUCACACGAGAAUCAUACAUUAACGACACUAUCGUUUAGGGCGAGUGUCAUUUGUGCACACGAAGAAAGACCAGUUUUCCUCGAAAACUAUGAUACAUAUUUCAUUCGAUAAAUCUUCUUCCUUUUACACGACGAUCGACCAUUUUAUAACACAGCAACAUGGAUUUAAUAAAAAAAUAUACAUGUCGAAUUGAGUAAGCUCCUCCAUUUCGAUGUCGGUUAAUAAUAAUAUUUACCGCGUCCAGGCACGAAGGGAUUAAAGAGAAAAGCGACUUCGAAUGAACGUUUGAUUUUAAAAAACGGCACUAGUCCGCCAUCGUCGAAGCUCGACGAUCGAUGAAUUCUUUUUGCGAGUUCGAAACUCUUUCUAACUCUGUCCCUCUCUCUACCUGUCUCUCUUUGUUACUCGCCGUCUCGACGCUUUUAACGCGAAACUUGUAUUUGUGACUAGGAACGAGCGCGAACGCAGAGGAAGGAAAGAACGCUCCUGAAUUAAGGGGAAUGAGGACGUUUGAUUAUAUCUGACCAGACACGGCUCCGCGGUCUCUUUUCUCUCCUCGAAAUACACCUCUGUUAAGCUGGCAGGACCAAAUCAGCUGAAUCAUAUCGGACUUGGUGGAAUAUUUAGUACUUGUUUUGUACUAAUUCGUACCACAAACAGUAAUUUUCUACCCCCUGCCGUUUAAAAAAAAAAAAACAUGGCAGAAGGUACGAAGUUACUGUUUGUGGUACAAAUGAGUACAAAAUAAGUACUAAAUAUUCCACCAAGUUCGAUCUGAUUCUGCUGAUUUGGUUCUGUCAUCUCAAGAGAGGUUCAAAAUACUAUACUGCUCAGGCCACUGGAAAUAUCAUCGGUUGGAUACUGUUUCUUCUUGUUCGGAAGAAAUAGUCUCUUACCCUGCCUUUCACGAAAAUUCAACUCUCUUUUCCUUGAAUUCUUCACCGACUUUGAUAAGAGAUCGAUGUAUUUACUAAAAAUUUUAUGCAAGUUUCCCCAACACUUUCCCAAUAAAUUAUCAUUACCUUGCACCCAACCGGACGUAUUUCUGGAGGCUGAGCAAACAUAACCGCGUAGUCUCGGUCGGUGCAGACCUUUUUCGAUGGCGAGAGUAUCGAUAGUUUGGACGUAACGCGCGCGUCAGUGUGACGUGGGAAAAGGAGGAAAGUUGUCGAGGGAAAACGAACGAAAAACGUAUAAAUCGAGGAGAUCCGACCUAUCGCCGUCGGUCAGCGAGGAUGGAGAAACCACUGUAAUAUAUACACUUCGAUUGUAACGAUGUAACGCUGCCACUGAACACAUCCCGUGUAGUACAAUUACCGUACAUAUAAUAUUCUGCAGUAUACUGGUACACACCGUAUUAUUAAUUGAAUUGAUAUUUAUUAACGAUUAAUUAUUACAUUAUUACCACUAUAUUAUCUAUACCAUUUGUACUUUAUAUUUCAGUUCGAACGAAAUAAAUGCCUUCUUUUUCAUAAAAAUAAAA